UCGGGGGGCCGGCGGCGGGAGGCGGCGCGGCGGACGCUGGGUCGGGGAGCCGCGAGGCCGCCGCGUCCUGCCGUCGGAACAAUGGGAGUGGGCGCGCGCGGGGCCUGGGCGGCGCUGGUCCUGGGCGUGCUGCUGAUGCUGGCGCUGCUCAAGGCGGCUGUGGACAGCGCGGGCCUGGACGGAUCUCUAAACACAAAGAAUUCAAUGCCUUCAGGAAACCACAGUGCUAACCCAACAGAGAAUGUCACCUUUGUGACCUCCAACUAUACGAGCCAGUCCACCACCAGCUCCACGAAACCGCUGACCACGCCACUGUCUCCUAUCUCCAAGACGGCCACAGCUACAGCCAGAAUCACAACAGCUGGGGUCUCGGCCAACAGGAUCUCUACCAGCUCAGGUUCCCAGAACACAACCCAGGCGACGCUGGCCACGGAGACCAUCGCCCACAACAGUUCAGCCACAGCCCUUUCUUUAUCAGUAACAAUCACACCAACUAUUAAUUCUAAAGGAAAUCCAGGAUCAAAAUUUGAUACUGGCAGCUUUCUUGGCGGUAUUGUGUUGACACUGGGUGUCCUGUCGAUUCUUUACAUCGGAUGCAGAAUGUAUUAUUCAAGAAGAGGCAUUCGAUACAGAACCAUUGAUGAACAUGACGCCAUCAUCUAAGGAAGUCAAGGACCAAUGGAAGAAGAUUGAUACAGCCCUGUCAAUUAAUUUCAGUUAUUAGGCCAUGCAUAUAAUAUACAAUGUGCUGUAUAAACAUAUAGAAAUUCCUCCUGGUUACUAAAGGUAAAACAGGUUUGGUUUGGGUUUUUUAAAGGAGUAUUUGGAACAUAUAGUUAAUACAAUGGUUAUAGUCACUUUUAAAAAAUGCACAGUAAGACAAGGCCUGCCCUUUCCUUGUAUGGCACUGGUCACAGCGGGGGAGUAAUUGGCAGACAUGGUCCCUGAUGGGCGCUGUGCCGUCCCAGCAUACAAAUAAGGGCCUCAGGAUGGUAACAGAAAUGCCACACAGCAAAAAUUAUAGGAGUUAACCAGCUCGCAAGCAUAACUUUAAAGCUUUGUACCUGGUGCACUGCCCCCAGGCCCCAAUCAAACUAGAAAUGAUAUCUGGGCUUUGCCCUACUAGGGAGAGCCUGAACUGUCAAUGAUAGUUAAUCUAAGUAUUUUUUCCUCUGUGUAUUUCAGUAAACUGCAACACUGAACAGUGUUUUAAAGAUUUAGUUAGGUUAUUGCUGCUGUGAGACUAGCGUCAACUACUGGAAAUUGCUUUAUUUCAUAUGGAACAGUUAUUUUCUGUUUAGUGAAUAUUUUUAAGAGGUGUAAAGCUUUCUGUUCCUAGAAUCGCUUAAUGUCCUGUAAACUUCCCUAACAUAGGCUCCUCCUGUGAUUUCCAAACCCACCCCACAAGCUAAGGCCGUGCCAGUCCGUCCAGGGGCCGUAGGGCGGCACUACCUACACAACCCCUCAGGCUCCCACCUACAUGACCAAAUGCUGCAUUUUUGUGCACUGUUGAUUUUACUCAGAUUUGGGGAAAUAGCAUUUUUAUACUAAAAAAAACUUUGGAUUAAAUUUUUAAGUCUUUUUAAGAUAAGCUUUUAUUAUUCUUCAGGCCACUCGUCUCCUGGGGGCAGGCAUGUGGCUAUAUUAUGGUAGCAGAGAAAGCACCGUGUUGUAGGGACCCCAGGGCCGGUCAAUGUAGUUCCUGUUACAAACAGCCAAAACUCGGUCAUGUUUGGCAAAAAAAAUGGUAUUUAGACUGACUGUAUGACCAUCUGAGAGAGUGUUUCUAUCUUAGUAAAUUUCUGCUAAUCCAGAAAUACACUAAAAUGUCCUAAUGUCCCUCAUCUGCACUGAAAAGUAUUUAAAUGUGACUUGUGACCAGCUUUUGUGUUUCAGAGGAUGCUAGGAAUUUUUAUGUAAAAGCAUCACUUCUGCUCACUGUGCAUUACGGCCUAGUCUGCUGAGGACCAGGUGAUGCCGCAGGCCUGAGAUGUGUAUUGUAGAGGGAAUCCAAGAAAGCCUGGGUGGGUGGAGUUAGUAACAGACCACAUACUUGCCUGGUCAGGACCCCACCAUUUCUAUUUCUUUGCAAAAUGAUGUGUGUGUGGGGGGGGGGUGUUUCAAUUUUACCUUUUUCAUCUCCUGUGUUCUUUGUGCUUCUCGGCUUGAGGUCCAUUAGAACAACAUAGGCAGGCCUGAUUUUGAGCACUCGGAAGAUAGGAAACCACUUCAUGUCCCUGAAUGCCUUUUCUGUGGCGCGAAGACUGUCUUCUCUGUGUGGAAGCUGCAUUGCGCACUUCCCAGGCCAACCACUGCUCCCCCAGUGCACAUUUCACAGGCAUAAACUCAUACCCUUGUCCUGUUCACUUCGGCAAAUACUUGCUUUUGUUUGCAUUGAGAAAUGUAUUGACUUGAAGAUACAUUAGAACCCAAUCCAGGACUUUAGAUAAUCCAAAACAUGAAUAUUCCCAUUCAGAUAAAUGAGAGUUGACAAUAUAUUAGUGAGAAUUUUGUAUUUUUAAGGAGAAAAAAAAAGCAAAUUCCUUUAACUCUUUUUUCCUUUUAUUAUAAUGACCAGCUUUUGGUAUUUCAUUGUCACUGAGAUCUAUUUUUAGAAUAAAAUUUUGUUCUUCAUCUAA